AUCAAGUGAUAAAACAUCCAAUACACCAUGCCCGGCUACCCUACCCUCCAACCCGCCUUUACGAUCCAGGUCGUCAUUGAUGCGCCACUAGGCGUCGGCAGUGCCUCCCGGCAGAACAGCCUUCAGGUCGUGCCGAUGACCGGCGGCACCAUCAAGAGCGAACCUGGCUUCUCCCCCGCUCUCGAUGCUGAGUUUGUCGGUGUCGGGAACGACUACAUCCACGCGGAUGCUGACGGCAAGCACUUGCGUCUGAACGCCCACGCGGUUGCUAAACCUAAGGAUGACGCCGAUCUCAUCUACCUGAAUUACACCGGUGUUGUUACGCUGGCCCCGGAGGUCCAGGCUGUCUUUGCGGGCACCGCUGAGGAUGGGUCGACGCCUUUUGGCAACGCUUUCACCCAUUUCACUUUCGAGACGGGCAGCGCGCGCUACAAGGACCUUGAAACCCGCGUCUUCGUCGCCCAGGGACGGUUCAACAUCGAGAAGGGCAAGCCGCCUGUGGUCGAGUACCGGGUCAGCCAGGUCGUCCAGGGAUAGAAAAAUUCCGACUCCCAUCCCUAGCUGUUCAUGCAAUCAUGCACACAGUUUGAGUAGCUUCACAAAAGUGAAUAUGACAUUCUCCCUGAAUAGACAACAGUCGUCAAACCUCAUAAUCCAUAAGAUAC